UCCAAAAAAAAAAAAAAAACCAGAUCAAGAUGCCCUCCCUAUGGCUGUUAGUCUCGAUGCUGGCUUCGGUUAGCUGCCAGGACUAUCACUACCAUCGCCCUCAGACUCCUUUUGUGGCGGAAAACCACCAUCGGCAGGCUCAGACCCAGCAUCGUACCACCAAGUUCGUGGUGCAGACUUUGGGUCGCACCUACGGCCUGGAAACGCAGAGGGCACCGGCCGUCUAUGAGGAUCACCAGACCCAGGUUUACCAGGUCUUGGAGCAGCGUCAGGUGCCGCAGUAUCAGCAGCAAUAUGCCCAGUAUCGGGCUCCCCAGCAGCAGUUGCACACCUCCAGCUACCAGAAUCCCCUGCUGGUCAGCACCAACUAUCAGGGGCCACCCUUGUCCCCGGCUCCUCCAGCUCUUGCCCAGCCCCUGAGCCACUAUGGGCCACCCCAGCAACAGCUGCAACCUCAGCAUGCUCCCAAUUACUUUCCCCAACAGCAGCCAGCUGCCCAGCCACCUGCCACUUAUUUGCCACCUCAGCAACCUGCCCAGAAACUCUUCUUCGGCAAUCCCUUUCCCUAUGCUCCAGUCACCACAGGAUCGGGACAACAGGUCCUGGACGCAGGACAUGGAUCUGGAGUGGCGCCCAAUGAGGUGCAGGCUCAGCUGUUGCAGGCCACGGGAUCGGCACAACCGCAAACCCGGGUGGGUGACCAUGUGGGUCAGUCGCAGAGCUCCAACCUAGAUGGCUACGACUACAAACAGACCAUUGCCGGAGAUACCAGGGACUAUCAGAGGUAUGUCACUAGGUGCCCGGGAGGAGGAGGUUGCCAGCAGAAGGAACUGAAUCCUGGCGAGCUGGACGAGAGCCACCAGAAGGUCCUGCAGACUGUGAGGGCAUCCACGCAGGCGCGUGUGGAGGGCUGCUACAAGAGCCCGGUGAUCUAUGUGCCAGCCGGAGCAGCUGUCAAUGAGCAGGGUCAGCUGCGACCAAAGAAUCGACGCUACUUCGAGCGCAAGGAGCAGAUCUUCUCCAGAUAUCCCUACAACUAAGUCCCUUCCUCUCUAAUCACUCACCGAAUUUCACAUCGAAUUUAUUAGUUGUUUAUGCCUAGUUGUCCAUUCGUUGAUUGUUGUGUAAAUAAAUCGUUUAAAAAUUACACUUU